AAGAACAGAAUAACGAUCUAUGCUGGCACUCUGCAAUGCAAUCCAUAACAUCCUAGGGAAGAGGAAUUCUAGGGUUUUACGUAUGUAUUUGCCAUUUUGCUCUUCCAUUUGUGAGUGCCUCAUUUCUCCAUUCUCAGUCCGUAGGGUUUUCCACAAUCUUCGCAGCCACAUUCUCAUUGUCAUUCAUAGCCACAUUUUCAAAUUCUUUCCCAAUAGCUUCUUGGGGUGUCCCUCCAUUGGAAUGGCCCCCUCUCGCUUCCUCCUUCAGCCUCAUAUUUCCUUCAGCGGCGCUAGAAAACAAAAAUCUUAGGCAUUUUUGUUCGUUGUUAUUUUCUUCGUUCUCGUUCUUUCCCGUAGCUGCCGCAGCCAUGGCGCCAGAAAAUGCAACCCCAGGGUUGCUGCAUUCACCCAUGAUCUCGGCUCGCUGCGUUUUUCCCUCAAAAUUUCCACUUAUUCACGUGCGUUGACCCCUAGGGUUUGGUUCGCUGCGUCUCAAUUAUUUGUUCUACAUUCAAUGACUUUUUCAAAAUGUGAAACCUGACAACUCAUUUGAAGAGAUUGAAAUAUUCUAUAUGAAAUAAAGAUAUGGAAAUCUUUUGUUAAUUUCAUAUGAUUGCUUUGGGAGCGAACAAUCAAUUUUAUAUUGGUAUUUACUAUUUCAUAACAUCAAGGGUCAUGAUACAUAAAUUCCGUCUUUUCGCGAAAGCCACUUGGUGAUAUCAAUCGGAGCACAAUAAUGGUGUCCCGGAAUUAUUUUAUUGUCCAGUCAAUUCAUAAAAAAAAUUUAAAAUUAUUUUUCAAUUUGAUUAAUUCAAUGGGCAUCUCAUAUUUUCUAUAUAGACAAGGAGAAACAGAUUUCAAAAGCAUUUUUAUAAAAUAUGAAAUUUAUAUGCAUUAUGCACUUCAUUCAGGAGUAUUGUGGGAGGAUCCUAACAUACCUAGAAGCUAGACCAUCAUAAACUUUCUCUCUUUAGAUUGAUUCGAGUGCACAAGCAAACAGACGUCUGUUUAGAUUGAUAAGAAUCAUGUUUAAUUCAGCCACCGUAUUUGAUACUUCUAAGGGUACUUCAAAAACGUUUUCAGUUCCUGUUGAUCAGGAAUUGGCAUCUCAGCACCUUCACAGCCUUCCUCAAAGGUAUAUCAGGUCAGAGAAGGAGCGCCCAAGUGCAUGUCCUACUAGUCAUUUGGAUAUCCCUAUAAUUGAUAUGGACAUGUUUUGGGGGGAAUCAGAUUUCUGCAGGCAAAAGGAAAUGGAAAAGCUUGGAAUUGCAUGUCAACAAUGUGGAUUUUUUCAGGCUGUAAAUCAUGGAAUUCCUCUGCCUCUGCUGGACAGGAUGAAGGGAAUUAUGAGAGAUUUCUUUCAAUCACCGCUGGAAGAAAAACUCAAGUAUGAAGUGCAAGAGCGUGACGGCUAUGGCCAGGCCUUCAUAGCCUCAGAUGACCAAAAACUGGACUGGGCUGAUAGACUGUUCUUGACCAUUUCACCUCCAGAGAAUAGAAAAAUGAAAUUUUGGCCAUCAAAACCUGUAGACUUCAGAGAAACCGUGGAUCAAUAUACUGUUGAAGUUGAAAAGCUUGGCAAUACAGUUCUUUCCCUUUUAUCAGAGAAUGUUGGGCUAACACCAGACUGUUUCAUUAACAUGUUUGGAAAAGUGUCACAGACAAUGCGAAUGAAUUACUACCCACCCUGUCCAAGACCAGAUCUGGUUUUUGGCUUAAGCCCUCAUUCAGAUGCAACUAUUUUGACAAUGUUGCUGCAGGAUGAUGAAACAGUAGGGUUACAGAUCUGUAAGGAUGGCAAAUGGAUUCCAGUUCAACCCAUCCCCGGUGCCCUGGUUAUAAGUAUUGGGGACAUGCUCGAGGUAACAAGCAAUGGAAUAUAUAAGAGCAUUGAGCACAGAGCGGUCACAAGCACAGACAGGGAUCGAAUCUCCAUUGCAUGUUUUACAGUCCAGGUAAGGAAACAGAAGUGGGUCCUGCUCCUGAGCUCAUAGAUGAGUUGAAUCCCUGUCAAUACAGCAGAGUCAUUUAUCAAGAAUAUUUGCGGCGUUACUUUUCUGGCAGACUUGAUGGGAAGGGGAGUCUUGAAUUUGCCAAAAUCAAGUCAGAACUUUGAUUUGACUUUGUUCAAUG